UUUCGUUUCGAAUCUGUGACGUAUCCUGGUCCGCCCUGCGAGGGAUAACGUCUGUUUGUGACCCAUCGACUGUGAUUUCAACGCGUGACGCCACUGCCAAAAAGGAAACAAACUAGUGUCGAUCGCGAAACCUGCGUCUUCGUCUCCGCUUCCUUCGUCUUCGAAUGUAUUCGUCAAAAACGAGUGUCUUCCAACGUUGUAUCAGAAACGCACGAGACGAUUUUCCGUCGUCCUGCUCCGAGAUACCUAUGUCUUCCUACGAGUUCCAGUUGCCCUUGAUCGGCGAAGCAACAGAAUCCUUGACUUCCUUAAAUUUUUCUUAAAGCACUCUCAAACACACGAAAAAAGAAAGGAGGAUCGAUUUCUUUGCCAAAUAAGGCAUUACGAUAUCGUGUGCUCUGAGAAUGUUGCUUGACCAAGUCGCGAACGCGAUUCCUUGAUUAUAUCACUUAAUCUGUACCGUAUUCGAACGCAAAGCACAUUGCAAAAACGGAGGUGCCUUGCCGUCGUUAUCAUCAUCUAAACACAUUCGAAUCGUGACAUCAUCACUGCGUUUAUUCGCAGUUUAAGCAGCCACCUGUUCGAAUUAGCAUCUUUACAAAACUAUUCUUUGUUCGUCGCGGGAUACGGCAGGACGACACCGUGACGACUGUCGAGAGGUGCAUCAUCGAGUCGGCUGCGUGUGAUGCGACGCACGCAGGGCUGUUGCUACUGUCGUCUCGCGUCAUCUUGCGCGACCGCCUGGUGGCAAUAACAGCGAAGAUGUUCGGGAAAGUGCCGCCGUCAAACACGCCGGAUCCGCCUAAUAAUAACGGCGGGCAAAAGGCAGCCAAGUCGUCGGAGACACCGACAGUGAACGCCGACGACAAGAUGAGACCUUGGCGACCGACGAAGGACAACGCCGACGAUUCGUCUACCGUCGUCUCCGAGGCUCCCAGCAACUCUCUGCAAUCGCCUGCCAACUUAUUGGACACCACAUCCGUCGCGAUGGAAUCCCCUAAACCUUGCAGGACAGACGAAAUAACAACGAUCUGUGCAACUGUUUGUUCCAAGACCACGACCAAGUGUUCACCAAAAGAAGGUUUGUCGCAAGUUGGCAGGAAUCACGCCAACGCAAUGCAGAAGAGUCCCUCCGGUCAAAACUGCUCGAAUUACUCGAAGACCGGCGUCGGCAGAUCACGACGACCGCAGUCUACCUCAACUGCGAGAAACCUUAACGUCGAGUUGUGUGCGAGAGACUAUACAAAAACUGUGAAGAAGAUUAUUACCGUUAAUCGAGAGCCUCCGAGCGACAAAGAGCAUCAGACGAUAUGUAACGAGCAGCAGUCCAAGUGCUUGCAGGGAUACACCCCCUCAGGUACGGUUGCUGCCAAAUUAUCUUCCGCGAGAUCUUCCGAAAUGAUUUAUACGUCGCUGUCGGGCGGAAAGAGAUCCGAUAACGAGGACCUCUUGACGGACACGUGCGCGAAUUAUUUUACGUCGAAUGGCGCAUCUAAUGUGCCAGUUGUGAGCGAUCACUUGCACGCGCAUCAGAAGUCAGCGGUUUCAAAGGUGGUUGACGUCAAGGAUGGCGUCGGUGAUUCCGCGAUCACCACUACGCCUUGCGAGGAUGACAGCUGCGAAAAUGAUUUCACCACUUCAACGCUGUCCAAAGAUUGGACAGCGAGAAGGAUUAAUAGCGACACGUUGCAGCAGAAUUGCGCGUCCUGCCUACCACAGGAUUUGCCCACGGAACUGCAAUUGUCCAGCUCGCCGAGGAGCUACAAGGAGUUUAAGGAGAAGUGCCGCGAUUCUCCUUGGCGGCCCACGGAGAUGACGGAGAGUGGUGCGGUGCACGGAUUGACGAUUUGCUCAGGCGAGACGUUUCAGGACUCGAGUUCGAAGAGACGCACUGGGGCGUCUUGUCAGGCACUCAGGCAUGCCGUUGCUUCAUUGAAUCGCCUGGACGACUUCUACAUGGAGAAGAUCGGUGCGGGCUUUUUCUCGGAGGUUUACAAGGUUACUCACAAAGUGACGAGUCAGGUGAUGGUGCUCAAGAUGAAUCAGCUGGCGGCGAAUAGGCCGAAUAUGCUCAAGGAAGUCCAGCUCAUGAACAAGCUUAGCCAUCCAAACAUACUCAGGUUCAUGGGAGUGUGCGUGCACGAGGGUCAGCUGCAUGCGUUGACAGAAUACAUUAACGGCGGCAGCCUGGAGCAGCUGAUCAUGUCGCGGCACACGCCGUUACCGCAUCUCGUCCGGAUGAAUCUAGCGAGAGACGUGGCUCGUGGUAUGGCCUAUCUACAUAGCCGCGGCAUCUUUCACCGCGAUCUCACGUCGAAGAAUGUGCUGAUCAAGAAGGACGAGUGCAAUAACGAGAUGACCGCAGUGGUGGGCGAUUUCGGACUGGCUGCAAAGAUACCCGAUCCCAGCACAGGCUAUCGACUCAGCACGGUCGGCAGUCCUUACUGGAUGUCGCCCGAGUGCCUCAAAGGUCAAUGGUAUGACCACAGGUCCGACGUAUUCUCCUUCGGCAUCGUCGUGUGCGAGCUGAUCGGCCGGGUGCCCGCGGAUCCGGACGUUCUGCCACGCUCAGAUAACUUUGGCCUCGAUUACCUAGCCGUGGCGGAGAUCUGCGCGGCCGCCGAUCCGCCGCCUGCUUUCCUCCAACUCGCCUUCAAUUGCUGCACGUACGAACCUAAGUCCAGGCCAACCUUUCCGGAAAUUACGACUAGCUUGGAAACUAUGAUAGCAGCCUGUGAAGAGGAACUGAAAAAUAACAUCGGUAAACGACAGUCAACCGUUGAUCCAACGCUGAUGUCCAGCAUGGAUGAGAUUGCACGAGAAGGACGCACGACGAAGCGGCGUACCGCAAAACUCAGAAGCCAAUCGGCGGACGCGAGAGGUUGCGAUAACGCGACGCCAUCGGAUAAGGCAAGAUGUCAUUCUGCCAGGCGAGUAGCUGAACUCGCCAGCCGUCGAGAUCCGCAUUACAGGCCGAUGACGGCGAAUCCAUUUCAUGCAUUGGGCGGCGUUAAGAAGAUCCUCGGCGAUCUGUUCUCCAGCUGUUUAGAGCUGCCCUCUUCGGAGGACGUGCGACCCAACAUCACCGACAGCACGUGCAGCAAGUUCAAGCCGGCGCAAAACGAUAGUAUUGCUAAGAUUCUGGACAGAAAAAAGCCAAAUUCCGAACCGAGCAGUCCUACUGCCAGAAAGAAAUGGGAGAGAAAGGUCGCUACCAAGGUGGGCGUCGCAAGUUUGUUCACCCAUCCGCUCUUUCGAGAUGGUUGGGAGCCGCGAAGACGUGGCAGCUGCGAAUCAGGUUUCUGGAGUUGCGUCGGUGAAGACCUGAGUCCAGAGCCGGUUAGGGGGGGGCGUUUCUGGUGGGAGGAUCGAUUGAAUGGCAUUGGCUCGUCAAGCAAAACAAUCUCGAAAAUUGUCGAAUACUUUGAGAGGAAGCAAGCGGGUAGACUCGGUGAUCACGGCGACACUGCUGGUCCUAGUCGCCUGACUCUACUACGGGCUAGUCUAGAAGGGCCCGUGCCCAUCAGCAGCAUCUCGGCCGCGCAACGGCUAGUCGUGUGCGAAGGUGCCGUGCGCAGUAAACUUGCGUUAUUCGACAAAAAGUGAUAUUACGCCUGAGGCUCUUGGCAAUUUCUUAUUAUUUCCUUUUGACAAGCAGCGCCCGCGUAAAAAGAACCGUGUAUAAUGAAACGCGAUACAGGUCCCGAAGAGAGUUAGAGGCUUGUUAUCAUAUGCCGGUGACGGUGAAAAUUCUGGGACAUUACAUGAUAAUUAGCGUGUUUCUUACAUAUAGUUGAAAAGUGAAGAAUGUAUGUUGUCUUAAUGAUAGUAGCAAUCGGUCUUCUUGCGCAUAAAAGAUUUGGGGCGGAUGAAAAGGGCGAUUAUACAGUAUCGGCGCGUCAUUCGUAAUUUGUAGACAGGAUAGCUGAUAACACGCAUGCGACGCAUGCUUACAGACACUUCUCUAAAAACCUAGUAACCUGACUGUGAUGUUUUUUGAUAAUCUACAUACAUACAUACAUUAUUGAACUAUAACGACUGAAAUUUGACGGAGCCAUCAACACAGGAUCUUUUAUACGCAACACGAGUCGCAUUUCAUGUAACUUGGCUACAACGAUGCGCCGUUCGAAAAAGAUAAAGAAGUAGGAAGGGGAGAACGAAGCAAUAGCGAAUUUUGUCAAAAAACUGCGUUUUCAGAUUAGCGCCGAAGAUAGCGCUAAUCGAUUAUUGCCCCGCGAUUGACAUAUUUUGCAGUGCCUCGCAGUUCCUAGUAGCCAUCUCCGUCCUUAUGCACACGAACCAUGGGUAUUACCGAUCAUUGUAAGGGUAGCUAUACAGAUCGACGACAAAUAAGGGCGAAUGACUUUUUUUAUUUAAGUUGAAUAGGCGGAUUGCCAGGCUAAAGGUUCUUAUCUCGCCAUUCUUAAUUUUUCGAUUGAUAUGAUUAACUUUAUCGGAUUGUGUUGUAUUUUUUUUCUAAUGUGUUAUUAACAAUCCUAUCAAUUUUUUUAAUUUUUAUUUUUGUACCUAAGGAUUCGCUGGCCUGUUACUGCAGUCAUUUUUUUUCCUGUUUAUAUUAAAAUAAAUUUUAUUUAU